AUGUCUGUGAAUUCUUCACCUGCAGAUACACAGGACGCUCAAGAAGAGCGAUUGGCGCUACCCAGAUACCAAUGUACGAUCUGCUCGCGGCGCUACAAACGGCGCGAACAUCUCUCCCGCCACACGACUUCGCACACAGCAGAGAGACCUCAUCGAUGCAAGUCUUGCAACGGUUCUUUCCAGAGAGCCGAUGUCCUCAAACGCCAUUAUAGAAACUGUACAGGUGGAAGCUCGCGAUCUGGAGCUCGCCGGCGCGCCUGUGAUCGAUGUGUUCGGCAGAAGAAAGCGUGCAGUUCGCAAUAUCCUUGCCAAAAUUGUGCCAAAAAAGGCAUUGCGUGUUAUUAUAAUGAAGGCUUUGAUGAUAUCGAUACCCGGGAGCGAAUCGGACCGCUUGAUUCGACACAACCUGACAGAGGUACAAAUCAAACUGAAGCUGCCUCAUCAGCGAGUAUGACCUUACCUUUCGGUAUUACCUCAGAGGACUUGCAGGGCUUUGCAACAAGCACUUUGGACGAUAUGUUGGGUCCGGGUGGGCUCGGGCAGACUACACCGAACUGGCUUGACCUUUUUGGUCCACCAUCCGGUCGGAUUGUCUCCGAGGACCUGUCAGUGGCCCAGGAUCACCAUUCACUAUAUUUCCUCGAUAGAUUCACAAGCAACACAGGCUUAGUGGCAAGUUUUGAAUGUGGAACUCAAGAUCAGAGAGAGCAGGUCGCCUCUGCAUUGGAGGUCGAGGCUCUACACACAGAUGUCCCAGGGCACUCGAUAUCACCCGGAAUGCCUUUGGACAUGACGCCGCCCUUAUUGGAGAAUAUCAGUGACCCCAGCACUGAAAGUUGCCUGCCGCUGAAUUGGCUGGGUGAUCCACUGUCACUGAAGACUCACGAAAUCCUUUUGCUCAUUGAGGAAGUUGUAACGAUCAAACCGCGAAACAGUGCGGUGACGCUUGACUGGUCAGCAUCACUGAAGAAUUCAUGUCUUCAAUUCUUUUCACCAUGGAAUCUGCGCAGAUUCCUGGGAAUGUAUUGGGCUAUCUGGCACCCGAACGUCAACUUUGUUCAUCGGCCCACGUUUGACCCGGUGUCCGCAAAGCCUGCUCUUGUAGCCGCCAUGGCUCUGAUGGGAGCUUGCGUGUCGCCGGAUAUGCCAGAUAACGAGGACGCGCGGAUGUGGUUGAAUUGCGUGGAAGAGAUUGUCUUUAUUGACGAUGACUUCAAUGCUGAUCUCUCAAAUCGCUCGUCAGGUCGCUUAGCGACCCAUCGCAGGAAAAUCCAAAUUCUUCAGGCCGCGUUCGUAGUCUGUCUUUACCAAACUUGGGAAGGAACAGACUCCAGCAAAGGACGUGUUCGCCGGUAUCGCUUUGCCACGUUGGUAUCGACUGCACGAGACAUCGGAAUUGCGACAGCCACACACUUAGACUACGCUAACCUAGCAAGGCAUGAAUUUGAGUGGAAAGAAUACGCUGCUCGCGAAGAGCUCAUCCGGUAUGUGUCGAUAAUAGACUCGUGGAUACCGGUACUGACUGAGCAGAGUAUUCACAUGGAUAUUCCUACUUGA